AAAGCAAAGUCCCCUCAUCACCCAACCCAAAGGCCAAAGUGCGACGACAGUUCUUCCUCGCUCGCUAUUCACCCAGUUCCAAGCCGCCUCCUCCUCAGUCUUUUCCACCACUGCCGUCUGCCAUCCUCCUUCGCAGCAGCCACCUUCAGCCUCCGCUACUUAAGCAGUAGUACUAGCUCCAGUACCAUCAGCAGCAGCCGCAGGCCAUCCCGAUCCACUACCCGUGAGUCAUGGUCGAGAGAAUUUUUAAAGACGAAGCUACCGAGGAAAAGGGAGAGCGUGCCAGACUGGCAUCGCUUAUUGGUGGGAUGGCAAUUGCUGACUUGGUCAAGACAACUUUGGGUCCAAAAGGGAUGGAUAAAAUUUUACAAUCUACUGGCAGAGGUCGUGAAGUCACAGUCACUAAUGAUGGGGCCACCAUCUUGAAGUCCCUUCACAUUGACAAUCCAGCUGCUAAAAUCCUUGUUGACAUCUCGAAAGUUCAAGAUGAUGAGGUUGGUGAUGGGACAACUUCUGUUGUUGUUUUGGCGGGGGAACUUCUAAGGGAGGCAGAAAAGCUUUUAGCAUCGAAGAUUCAUCCAAUGACAAUAAUAGCAGGUUUCCGAAUGGCAGCAGAAUGUGCUCGUAAUGCUUUGCUGCAAAAGGUUGUGGAUAACAAAGAGAAUGAAGAGAAAUUCAAGUUGGACUUGAUGAAGAUUGCAAUGACUACUUUGAGUUCCAAGAUUCUAUCACAGGAUAAGGAAUAUUUUGCAAAACUGGCUGUUGAUGCUGUUAUGAGAUUGAAGGGAAGCACAAACUUAGAGUCCAUUCAGAUUAUCAAGAAGCCUGGAGGAUCGCUGAAGGAUUCUUUCUUAGAUGAAGGAUUUAUUCUUGACAAGAAAAUUGGUGUUGGGCAACCAAAGCGCAUAGAGAAUGCAAAGAUUUUGGUGGCAAAUACUGCAAUGGACACUGACAAAGUGAAAAUCUAUGGGGCACGCGUUCGUGUUGAUUCAAUGUCUAGGGUUGCUGAAAUUGAAGCUGCUGAGAAGGAAAAGAUGAAAGAGAAGGUGGAUAAGAUAAUAGCCCAUGGGAUUAAUUGCUUUGUUAACAGGCAAUUGAUUUACAAUUUCCCUGAAGAACUCUUUGCUAAUGCUGGAAUACUUGCAAUUGAGCAUGCUGAUUUUGACGGAAUUGAACGGCUGGCUUUAGUGACUGGUGGUGAAAUUGCAUCAACAUUUGACAAUCCUGAGUCAGUUAAGCUUGGUCACUGCAAGCUCAUUGAGGAAAUUAUGAUUGGUGAGGAUAAGUUGAUUCACUUUUCAGGUGUUGAAAUGGGUCAGGCAUGUACAAUUGUACUGAGAGGUGCAAGCCGUCAUGUGCUUGAUGAGGCAGAAAGGUCCCUGCAUGAUGCCUUAUGCGUGCUGUCUCAGACUGUCAAUGACAGCAGGGUUUUGCUUGGAGGUGGAUGGCCUGAGAUGGUGAUGGCAAAGGAAGUCGAUGAAUUGGCCCGAAUAACUCCUGGGAAGAAAUCCCAUGCUAUUGAAGCUUUCUCAAGGGCACUCAUAGCAAUUCCAACUAUCAUAGCGGACAAUGCUGGUUUGGACAGUGCGGAAUUGGUAGCCCAGCUCCGUGCAGAGCAUCACAAGGAGGGGUGCACUGCAGGAAUUGAUGUCAUCUCUGGAUCUAUAGGAGAUAUGGUUGAGCGUGGGAUUUCCGAAGCAUUCAAAGUUAAGCAGGCCGUACUGCUCUCUGCAACUGAAGCUGCAGAGAUGAUUCUCAGGGUGGAUGAAAUCAUCACUUGUGCCCCACGUAAGAGAGAGGAUAGAAUGUGAAAUUAGGUGGGCCCCUUUUGCUGCACAAGGAUAUCUGUUGUAAUGCCAACCUGUUCUCCUGAAACUUGCCGGACUCUUAAGUUUUGCAAUGGAUGUUAGCUGUUGAACUGUAGGCCAACGUUUUUUUAUGUAUUAAAUUUCAAUUUAGUAGCAACCAGUUCCGAGUGUGAAUGAAGAUGGGGAUUAUCCAAUU